CGUAGAGAGUCCGCUCCGGCGGACUCGCUCCGCAAUUCCGGGCCGCGGGAAGGUACGGGAACCCGGAAGGGCCAGGCCCGUAACUCCGCCCCUGACGCGGCUCCACCGGGCGCGUGGGGCCGGACCAGAGGCUCGCCGAUGGACUUGGUAGUCGGCCGCGGAGCAGCAUGCAGGCGUCGCGGGGCAGCAACCAAGCCGAGCCGGGCUGGUACGUCUCUGCCCAGCAGCCGGAGGAGGCGGCGGCUGCGGAAGAGUGGAGCCCGUUGCUAAGCAACGAACCUCACAGACAGCGAUCUCCGGGUGUUUCAUUUGGUUUCUCAGUCUUCAAUGUGAUGAACGCCAUCAUGGGAAGCGGCAUCCUUGGAUUAGCUUAUGUGAUGGCUAAUACCGGUAUCCUUGGAUUUAGUUUCCUGCUGCUGUUAGUUGCGUUCCUGGCCUCCUACUCAGUCCACCUCCUGCUGAGCAUGUGCAUUCAGACAGCAGUGACGUCUUAUGAAGAUCUUGGACUCUUUGCAUUUGGAUUAGCUGGAAAGGUGGUGGUGGCAGGCACCAUAAUAAUUCAGAAUAUUGGAGCUAUGUCUUCUUAUCUUUUAAUUAUUAAAACAGAGCUUCCUGCUGCUAUUUCAGAAUUUCUGCCUGGAGACCACAGUGGGUCUUGGUAUCUCGAUGGACAGACGCUCCUGCUCAUCAUCUGUGUUGGCAUUGUGUUCCCUCUUUCACUGCUUCCCAAAAUAGGCUUUCUUGGCUACACAAGCAGUUUAUCAUUUUUCUUUAUGGUGUUCUUUGCCCUUGUGAUAGUAAUUAAAAAAUGGUCCAUCCCUUGUCCUCUGACCUUAAAUUACAUCGAUGGAGUGUUCCAGAUUUCAAAUGCUGCAGAUGGCUGUAAACCAAAGCUCUUUCAUUUCUCCAAAGAGAGUGUUUAUGCCAUACCAACCAUGGCUUUUUCAUUUCUCUGCCAUACCUCAAUAUUGCCCAUAUACUGUGAGCUUCAAAGCCCCUCAAAGAGAAGGAUGCAGAACGUAAGCAAUACAGCAAUCGCUCUAAGCUUCCUGGUUUACUUUGUAUCUGCACUCUUUGGAUACCUCACUUUUUAUGACAAAGUGGAGUCAGAAUUGCUACAAGGUUAUAGUAAAUACUUGCCACAUGAUGUUGUUGUCAUGGCUGUGAAGUUAUGCAUACUGUUCGCUGUGCUUUUGACAGUUCCUCUAAUCCACUUCCCUGCCAGAAAAGCUUUAAUGAUGCUACUUUUCUCAAAUUUUCCAUUUUCAUGGAUCCGGCAUUCUCUGACCACGUUAGCGCUCAACAUUAUCAUUGUUUUACUUGCAAUAUAUGUUCCUGACAUUAGGAAUGUGUUUGGUGUAGUUGGUGCCAGCACAUCAACGUGCUUGAUUUUUGUGUUCCCAGGGCUGUUUUAUCUGAAACUUAGCAGAGAGGAUUUUCUCUGGAAAAAGCUUGGGGCCUUGCUCCUGCUCGUUACUGGUGCCUUGGUUGGGAGCUUCAGUUUAGCACUCAUCAUUUUUGACUGGGUCAACAAUGAAAAAAAGUUUUUUCUAUUAUAAAGAAUAACUUACCUCUGUAAGCAAGAAGGAAUCAUUCUGGAAGGCAUUGGAUAUGAAAAACACACUCAGGAAAAUUAUUACCAGAAAAGCAAGACAGAGCAGCAGGAAUUUAGUCAAUUUAUUUUUAACCAAAUUAGAAAUAUUCAAAAUGUUGUUCUUAAAUAUGUUGAGUCACUCUUUUGUGUGGGAAUUUUAUUUUAUUUUGUUUUUGAGACAGGAUCUCACUGUAUUGACGAGGCUGGCCUUGAACUCAUAGCAUCUGCCUGCUGCCAGUUUACAAGUGCUGGCGUUAAAGGUGUGCACCAGCAUCCUGGCACAUGCCUGCCAUUUGUGACUUUUAAAAAAAAUAAAUAGCUUUUAUUUUUUUAGAGUAGUUUUAUGUUUCCAGAUAUAUUGAGUAAGUGAACUAAGGGAAUCCAUAUGACUCCCUACGAGGGUAGUCUAACCUCAAGCUUUCCCUGAUAUGAACGCCUUGUGUCAGUAUAGCACGUUAUACACAGGAAUGAUAAAGGUCCGAUUGAGGGUUUGUUCUUGGCCACCACUGAUCUUUUUACCAGAAUGCCGUGAUUGGGAUCAUGUAGGACUGUAGCACGAAUCUUAAAUGGUCUUAUUAAUAAAAUCAAACUUGGAGCCAGGUAUUGGGUUGAACGCUGGAAGGUCAGAGAAACAGAACAAGCCACAGCUUCCUCACCUCACCAGUUCCUCAACUGAUCCUGUUUCCUCAGACUGGAAGCCUCUGUGUCCUCAUCCAAAUGGAUCUCAGCUGAACUGCUGCUCAAAAGCCUAAAAGUUUAACCAGCUAGUUCCUGGUCCUCACGCCUUAUAUACCUUUCUGCUUUCUGCCAUCACUUCCUGGGAUUAAAGGCUCACUUCGUGGGAUUAAAGGCGUGAAUCACCAUACCUGGCUGUUUCCAGUGUGACUUUAAACUCGCAGAGAUCCAGAUGGAUCUCUGCCUCCAGAAGGCUAGGAUUAAAGGCGUGUGUGCCACCAUUUCCUGGCCUCUAUGUCUGUCUAGUGGCUGUUCUGUUCUCUGACCCCCGAUAAAUUUAUUAGGGUGCACAAUAUAUUUUGGGGAACACAAUACCACCACAUAGGACCCUGUGGCAUUUUCAGACUGACUUUGAUGUAAUAGUUCAUUUCCUUUUAAUACUGAAUAAUAUCCCCUUGUAGGGAUGUAUCAAGUUUGUUGAUCCACUCACCUCAUGGAAGACCUUCCUACUGCUUCCAAGUUUUGCCAACUAUCAAUAAAGGUGCUAAAAAUGUU